CUUUCCCUUCCCUUCAAUUCCUGCCUUUUGCCAUAAUGGCAUCAACAGCUGCGCCCUCAUCUAGCAGCAGUCGACAAUACCUUGCUCCACCAUCAUCAGCAAUUCGCCCCUCCGCCUCCUCAUCAGGUGGUGGUGGAGGCGUCACCCGCCGUCACUCCCUCUUUGGCACAGAGGAUCGCAUCGUUCUCGACCUGGGCUCACGCUACAGUAAGGUCGGCUUCAGUGGUGAAGCUCAACCGCGUGCCGUCUUUCGCACCCUGAAUUGGGGCGGGAAGCGACCAGCAGUAGAUGCUCUGUACGCUCCUCAGGCUGCGGCGUUGGGGGAUGACGAGGGGCUGGCCGCCGACGUGCUGAUGUGGGAUCUGGACAUUGGCAGAGGGGAGGCUGCUCACGCUGAGGCAAAGGGAGCACUCCUAGCUGCCCGACUCACGGUAAUGCUGCGUCGCAUCUUCCACGACGCACUGAAUGUGGACCCAUCACAGCGCAAGGUCAUCCUGGUAGAGAACCCGCAAACGCCCCGAAUCAUCAGACAAUGUUGCCUUCAAGCCUUAUUCGACAACCUCAAGGUGCCCUCCGUCUCCGCCAUGCCGGCCCCUAUCAUGACUUUGAUGGCGCAUGGAGCCACAAUGGGGCUAGUAGUGAGCGUGGGCGUGCUGGAGACGAGUGUGGUCCCCGUCGUGUGGGGCAGGGUGAUGGGGAAUGAGGUGAGGAGGAAUGCAAGAGCAGCGAGGGGACUGGAGAGGAGAACACGGGCAUUGUUGCUGAGGUAUGGGAGGGUAGUGGUGUGUGGCGAAGAACUGGAGAAGGGCCAGAGGAGAAGGACACGCAAGGUCGAGAGAACAGAUUUGACGCAACAGGUCUUGGAAGAGGUGCUCAUGAGCAAAGCCUUUGUGGCCGCAAAGAGCGCAGAACCUCCCUCAAGUAGAUCAAAUACAGCGACUUCAGCGUCGUUAAAACCCAGACGGCCGGCCACCACAGCCGCAGACUCGGGCAAUAAGCCACCACCAGACUGGCGUCUCCCUCCUACAGGCGACGACGAAUCCGUGCGCCAAGCUCGCACCUUCCUGUCUCAAUAUGACGAGGCAGACGACCAGGCCCUCCUGUCGCAGUUACGCACACGGUACAAGACCGCUUCGACCGCAUCGCACAUCACCUUUCCCCUGCCGCCAAUGGGGCACGACGACCCGGCGCACACGUCCAUAUUUCCCACGGCGCCGGCUACCUUUGCCCUGCCCCCCGAUCAGCAGCAGCGAGCCAAUGCUCGCAAAAGUUCACGGGAAGAUCUCAUCAUUCCCGGAUGGCUGAGGGAGCGGGUUGCGGACUACUUUUGGGACAGCGAAGACGCAGAGGACGACAGCGAUGAGGACGAAUGCCCUCCCUUGCAUUUGCUCAUCCUCUCCACCCUGCUGCGUCUGCCCAUCGACCUUCGGCGCCCCCUCGCGCGCUCUAUCCUCGUUACAGGCGGUGUGGCUUCCAUGCCUGGCUUCGCACACAGAAUGGGCAACGAGCUGCGCGCUGUACUGGACGAGGUGACCGAGGAGGACCUAGCAGGGGCCAUGGUUAACCUGGCGGUCACGCCAGUGGCGCAACGAGGCAAGGGCGCAGGCGCUACUGGAGGAGGGAAGAGUGCUCGCUACGCCACCCUCAAGCCCCUGCGCGACGAGCUCAACGUGGCCAACGACCAUUCCCCGCCCGAGGGCCUCGACAGUGGUGCUCCCCUCCUCCCUCCGAUGCUACACGCAUGGUUCGGCGCUUCUCUCGCUGGCUCGCUCCGCCUCUCGAGUGUGGAAACGGUGCGACUCGACCAAUGGCAGGCGGCGACUAAAGCUGCGGAGGAGCAGGUGGAGAAGGAGAAGGAGGUAAAAACAGGCGGUUUCGCCGUCCAGCCGGGAAUGCCGCCCAAGAGGGGAAGCUUUAUGGGUAUCGUAGGUGGAUUGGAUACCGGGGCUUUUGGUGGGCUGGCGGCUGUUAGUCGGCAAUUGAGUCGGUGAGCGAGCGGAGUCCGUAAGCGUCUUCAAUGAUACCACGAUCAUCUCCCACCCUCUGGGCCUUUCGUCCAUGCGUGACUUGAUCAAU